AUGAUUACAAUCAUCAGUGGUUUCUUAAGUUUUUACGGAAUUAUCGUCUUGGUAAAAGCGAGUUGUUUUGAGAAAUUCAAAGAGGGAAGUAUAUGUUUCUGUUCGUGCGAAAAACCAGCUGAGAGCCUGAUGUUCUCCGAGUUGUCAUACGAGAGGGCCUUUGUGAGAUGCUCACUGUGGUGCGUGCAAACAUCAGGCUGUGUAGCUUACAACUUUUGGAAGAGCUCCUAUCAGUGCCAACUUUUCAAUCGAACUCUGAAGAAAUUUUCUGUGGUACCCGACUGUCAAUAUUAUUUCAAAAAAGCCUCAUACAAGUCAACAUUGUGGGUCACCGUCGAUGACGCUAUUGCAGAAUUUUAUGUUAACGGGAAUAACAUCUCCGUCGCAUUGAGCUUUCCAUAUGCCAGUGAUUGGAAGGUUGCUGAUUCGUACAACGUCUCAAAAUAUUUGCACGUCAUUGCUGUUAAGUCACAUAACAUCGACGGAGCUGGUGGUUUGGUGUUUGGAUCAUCUGAUAACUACAUUCAAAGUAACACUACCUGGAAAUGUACUCCCACUCUGUACGAUGGCUGGUACAAAAUAAAUUAUAAUGAUACUUUCUGGCCCGCUGCAGCUAUCGGAACUAUGGAGACUGUUUAUCGUCUGUCUCCAACAAAUUUAGCAACUGGUCACUGGAUCGUUAAUCAGAAUAACUGCGGGGACUGCGCUGUUGAUUUUUACUGCAGGAAGAAUCUCACAGAAUUAGUCGCAGUCAAAAAUUGUCAAAACAACUGA